CAUAAGUACGGGAUGCGGCAUAUUCAAAGGCGGUACGUUACGUAUAGUUGUUGACAAAUAUCCCUCAAAUACGCGACGUAAGGAAGAAAAGUCGACAUUUACCUUAAAUAAACGAUGUGAAGGCGAAAAAGCGACAUUCCCCCUUUAUUUAGGCUUUCGUUCUCUUUAUUUUCCCUUUUUUCGUCUUUUUUUACGCGCGCUAUUUGAAAAGGACAGUGGUAUUCCUUGUCGUUGAGUUAAUUAACUGUUUUGAUCGUAAAUUACGCAUCAAAACUACUGUUUACACUUUAAUUGCAUCUACCCCAGUUAAAGUGAUAUUUUAUUGAGUUUUUCGAUUUUGCUUCUGUGUAUUUAUUGCAUCGAAGCAUACUUGGUCGACUUUUACUUGGUUUAUUUAGUUAAGGUUUGAAAAUCCUUCUACAUAUCCUGUUUUCGUCACCGUUCUAGUUGAUUUUCAAGAUGGCUAGGUCUACUCAUAAAUGUGGACAACCAUACUGCUUAUAUCCCGUGGAUGAAGGGAUGCAAUGUGAUGAGUGUAAUAAGUGGUUCCAUAAGAUGUGCACCCGAUUAAGCCCCACUGCAUAUAAAAGGUGUUCAAAGCCCAACUCUCAUUGGCUUUGUAGUUUUUUGUUGCUCGAGCAAAACAUUGCUUAUCCAGGAAGCAAUUAGUCUCCUGGUGUUGGCUAAUAAGAAGGUUGAUGAGGGCUGUACUGAUAACAUUGGUACGGAUGGCGAAGAUUGCGUUAGUGUCGUAAGUGCUAUCACGGCGCAAGCCAGACAUCUACCUGUGCAACCCGCAGUUAAACGUUCUCCCCGAAACGAUCAGUGAGUGACACGUCAUUAGACGUUGGUGGCCAUAUUGCUACAGCAGCAACCGGUGACCCAGAUAAAACAAUUACUGUCCCGAGUUGUUCUAAUGUAGACGUUUCGACUGAUGGAAAAUGGAUGACGCGAAAACGCAGAAGAGUAGGAAAGAUAGCUAAAACUAAUGACUGUUUACUUGGUAAGUCCUUGGUGGACUCUCAGACCAAUCCGCCAAAGUCUCAUAGUAAAGCUUCGUCUGACAUUGUUGUGAGUCAUUCGCUUGACUCCCAGGACUCUGUUAAAAUAAAAACUAAUCGUAAGAUACCAGUAGUUAAAAUACAGGAUCUAACGUCACGGUCGAAAGCUGUGAACACAGUUUCAAAAGAAGCUAAACCCAUCCCUAGUUUAAUUAUUUGGAAUCUAGAGGAGUCGAAAGACAACGACCCUGCUAAAAGACACGCACAUGACCUACAGUUAGUGGAGUCUGUGGUAAGGAAUGUACUACCUGAAGAGGUUUCAGGGGUACAUAUUACAAAAGUAAUACGACUUGGUAAAUGGGUUGGAGGCGAGACCCAACCAAGAAGGAUCCUGAAGCUGGUUCUCGGGAGUUUCGAAGAAAGAGACAUAUUAUUGAAAAGCGCACUAAAAACUCGUGCCUCAAAUAUCCGUAUUCGACCAGAUUGGCCGCUUGAGGAUCGAAUCAAGUGGAAGAAUGCUCUUACGGAGUUGAGGACUCGCAAAUUAAAUGGCGAAAAUAACCUUACCAUUAAGGGUUUUCGGGUAGUCAGGUCUUGGAAGCCAAUGCUUCCGAGGCCUGUAUGGGUAGAACGAUUGAUUUCCAAAACACCUUAAGUGUGUGCUACACGAACGCUCGUAGUCUUAGAAAUAAAACGUCCGAGCUAAGUCUGAUGGUGCAAGAAUUAUGUCCCGAUAUAAUCGUUGUUACAGAAACUUGGUUCACCGUUGAUAUAGACUGUUCUCCUUUCAUUGCUGGUUAUAUCUGUAUCAGAAGUGAUAGAGUUUCAAGUCGCAAGGGGGAGGUAUAAUAUUUUACGUUAGGGAUCACUUUCGUAUACAAUCAACCAUAUCGGAGGCUCAUAUCAGUGGCACAUGUGAGGUUGCAUGUUGUAAGAUUAAAUCUAGAAAUGGGUUAGUGACUAUAGGGGGAAUAUACCGUAGUCCGUCUUGUCUGGCUGACGACUUUAUCCUAAGACACAUCUGUUCUUGGAGUAUGGCAGAAUGUUGUCUCAUCAUUGGGGACUUCAACGCACCGCAUCUCAACUGGAUAGAGCUUACAGCUCCAGGUAGUGGUUUCGAUAGCGACCUUUUAUCUACCGCUAUUCAGUGUUCACUUGUACAAUGUAUCACAAAACCGACACAUAUUGAUUUGCAUCAUGUUCCGUCACUGCUGGACCUCGCCCUCACCCACCACUCUGAGGAUGUCUUUGAUAUCCAGCACCUUCUUCCACUAGUGAACAGUGAUCACGUUGUAAUUCACUUUAAGUUUAGGACACAUGGUAUACAAUUCGUAUCUGCUCCACCCCGUCCCAAUAUCUGGCGAGCUAAUAUUCCGGAAAUCAGAAACCGUGCUAUCUUGACCGAUUGGUCGGUCGACGCGGAUGGAUUGAUCGAAGAUGAAUGGAAUAAGUUUAAGGCUACAUUCGAGUCCGUAACGUCGCCGUUUAUCCCAUGGUGAGCACGUAAGCUAUCACAUUGCCCUCCAUGGAUUAAUAAGGAAACCCGGAAGCUGUUAAAGCGUAGGAAACAUUUCUGGGACUUAUUCUUGUUGACAGGUCAUGCACCAUUUAAGCGUGAGUAUCAAAAAUACCGUAAUAUCUGUAAGAAAACCAUAGCGAAAUCCCGUACCACUUACGAACGACAGUUAGUAUAUGAUAGCCGUACUUGUCCGAAACGAUUGUUUUCGUAUGUUAAACGGCAAAUGAAACGUAGUGAUGGUAUUCCCCCGUUGCUGUUACACGAAAAUUCAGAAUUAUUAGCUGAAUCAGAUCGAGCAAAAGCUGAGACUUUUUCAGAUUAUUUUAGCGAAGUCUUCUCUACGUUUAUUGUAACAAAUACUUGUCCCACUCACACCGAGAUACCAACCAUUGAAUCCGUACAGGUGACUGAGGAAACUGUCCUUCCGUUGAUAACUAACCUCAAACCUGGUAAGAUACCGAGCCCUGACGGGUUACAUCCACGGUUGCUGUCAUCUCUUGCGGACAUUAUUUCAAAACCGCUUGCGACACUCUUCAACAUGUCCCUCUCACUCGCCCAACUCCCUAGAGAUUGGAAGGACGCUAUAGUUAGUCCUAUAUUUAAGGACGGUCAGCGACAGAUAGUAUCUAACUACCGGCCUGUCAGUCUAACUAGCAUAGUCGUUAAGUUACUCGAAAAGAUAAUUCGGGUUAGGUUGCUAAGCCACAUAGAUUUACACAAUCUGUUAGCUCCUGAGCAACACGGAUUUCGUAACAAGCGUUCAUGCUUGACUAACUUGCUUAUUGCGAGGGAAGAUUGGACAGCAGCCCUAGAUCACGGUCUGUCUGUCGACGUGAUAUUCAUAGAUUUUAGCAAAGCGUUUGACAAGGUUUCACACGUAGGUCUUAUGCAGAAGCUCACGAGCUUCGGAAUAAUAGGUACUGUACAUGAGUGGAUAGGAAAUUUCUUAUGUGACCGCAGACAGAGAGUUAGGGUCAAUGGAACGCUAUCCGAUUGGAAGCCGGUCAAAAGUGGUGUACCCCAAGGCACCAUCUUAGGCCCUCUGCUCUUCCUUCUCUACGUUAAUGAGUUACCACUGUUACUUAGGUCGUCGACAUUAUUGUUUGCAGAUGAUGUAAAAAUCUGGAGAACAAUAAAAAGUGCGGCUGAUCAUGUGGAUCUUCAAGCUGAUUUAGACGAUUUAGUUAGAUGGGCUCGAGAGUGGGGCUUAGAAAUCAAUGCUAGGAAGAGUGUACUAAUGCACGUCGGUCACGGUAAUAGUUACCGUUACACUAUUGAGGGUAAACCUCUUCCAUGCGUUCAAGAGCAUAAGGACUUAGGAGUAAUAUUAAGUCACGACUUAAAAACAACUGCGCAUUGCAAAGCAGCCGCUGUCAAAGGUUUUCGUGCGUUAUGGUCACUUCGCCGAGCGUUCAAAUCUUUUGACGAGGAAACGUUUCGAAUUUUAUAUCCCAUAUAUGUUAGACCACAUUUAGAGUACUGUAUCCAAGCAGCUAGCCCGUGUCUAGUAAAGGAUACUAACUCCCUUGAGCGUGUCCAGCGUGUGGGAACGAAAUUAGUGAAGGGUCUUUCUAGACUCCCUUACGAUGAGCGCUUAAAACGCCUAAAUCUUUUCCCCUUGUCGUAUCGUAGGACACGAGGUGACCUUAUACUGGCAUUUCGUAUCUUUAAUUAUGAUUUGGGUGUUAAUAUGUCUUAUCUUUUUGCUCCCUCCAGCACUAAUAAUCUCCGAGGUCAUAGCAAGAAGGUUCAUAAACCACGAUCUAAUAAACUUAAAGUGGGAUCCCGUUUUUCUCAUCGAGUAGUCAAUCAUUGGAACGCCUUACCCGAACAAGUGGUAUCAGUCCCAUCAGUGAAUACUUUCAAGGAAAAGCUGGACCUUCACUGGAAAGCAAUGUGUCAGGAUUAACACAGGUUCAUCAACCUACUAUCCUUAUUACUGAAGACUUUAUUUCCCCUUUAUUGGUUGCUUGGGUUAAGAUCUAGAUUUAGCUUUCAUCAUGAACUGACAGUUAAAACGCCAAGGCGCUGUUUAGUGAGAUGAAUGAAUUAAUUUCUCACUGAAAUCCAACAUCUGUUAUCUUAUAUCUGAUUGGUUCGUCCAUAAAUUAUAGCUUCAUCGAGUACAGAAAUAUAGUAUUUCCUCCCUCACUCCAAAAGAAUGAGGACACUCUGGAGCGUAUUCAGCUGCAAGCCACGAAAUAAGUUCGGGGACUGAAGUUCAAGACUUCAUAAGUCUUAUGAAGAGCGCCAUCAAUCACUGAACCGUUACCCAUUAGAGUACAGGCGUCUUAGAUGUGACCUUAUGAUUGAUAGUAUACUAAACAUUUCUGGACAUCCACUUAAACUUCGUCCCGACGCAAACUGUAGGGGUAACACCCAAAAACUGGAGAAUCAACACAGCAGAACGGACUGUAGAAACACCUACUCCUUAAGAGUAAUCAAAUACUGGAAUUCAUUGCCAGCUGUGCUAGUCCAAGUGACUUCCUAGGAGUCCUUUAAGAGGAAACGAUGUAUACUUAGAGAUUAAGGACUGUAUCGUUGUGAUUUUCUUUUUCCCUGUUCCCUCUUUUGUCGUCAAUAAACCUAGGUUCUUACUUAGUGGCAUUAGUGAUCCACUGCUACUAGGUACGGAAGUCCGUUAGGCGAAAGCAUCUAUUCCGUCCACAACCACAGUUGAGCUGUCCUUAUCUAGUAGAAACUAAAAUAGGGGAAUCAUCACAUCUGAAAUCAUUUGUCUGUAUUCUAUACGUCAAAUUCGGACCACCACUUAAUCUGCGAUAAGACGGAGUAAUGAGGUCCAAUCUAUCUGGCUUAAUUGUGCAUGGAAAGUCGAAUAUUUUUAGAUUUAUGACUGCUUUGCCCUGUUUCUAAGAUACCCGAAUCAUCUUUUAAGUAAGCUCGCAGCCUAAACCCGGUCCUCAGGUUCGGAUUUCAGUAAAGUUGUGUAUAUCGUGAUGAACCCCUUUGUGUCCAGCUCAGUAAAUAUCCAUAUUGACGCCCAUAGGUUUUAAACUGUUUGAAUGUAACCUCGGCAGCGAGCCGUGAUUUAAGGUCGUGGCCCACUAUUAUCCCUAAACCAUUGCGAAACUAGACUUAUAGUACAGACGUAUUCGAUUCUGUCGUUAUUUGUCUGUAUAUGUCUAAUAUAUGUGUUAACACUUAGUCGUAUUGGUACGCACUGACCAUAAUUUUGAUCAGCUAACUAGAGCAUUUCGUUCGACCUGGAGUCCACAUGCACUUCCACCCUUCCUUAAUUCUUUCCAGAUUUCGAUGCCAUCAGCUCAAAGUAGCUUUAGAAACUUAAUUAUACUUGGGAGUUCAUUCGCAUGGAGUAUAAAAAGUUAAAUACCUAGUAGGAAGCCUUGAGCCACUCCACUAAGUAUUGGUUUCUAUGAAAAACAUUUGUGUCUUAUUCUUGUAGUCGACGAACCACUAGGAAGACCUUAAUCCGAUUUAUCAGAGCUGCACUAAUUCUUGAGUUUCCCAAGUUUUAUUAGAAGUCUAUUAUGUGGUGCCUUAUUAAAUGAUGUAAUGAAGUUAACGUAAACAUGACUUAUUUAUUUUCUAUCAUCAAAUAACUCCGUCCAUCUCUGUCUUACUAUUAGUUUAGUCGUAUGUGGUGUUCCUUUGUUGAGGCCAUUUCAUUCAUUGUGUAACAAGUGUGUUGGUUUUCACCUAAGUAAUUAUCUUUUCGUUCAUUCCUUGUGAUAUUUUAACCACGACACUGGUGAGGCUGAUGAGUCUGCACUUCAAGAGAAAUUGUCUUUAUUAUGCCUUGUGAAAUGGAGUGUUAGUUGUACCCUUCCAUUCCACAUGUAACUCUGGGUGAAUGACACUGAAUAUCCUAGUGAACAGUGUAGCAAUAUAUGUCGCAAUGAAUCUCAUAAUUUUAGGGCGUAUCUCAUUCACUCCUGUUAGUUUCUCCGUAUUUAGAGAGUCUAUCAUCCUUGGGACAUCUUAGUGAUUAAAGUCUACAGCGAGUAAUCGACUUAGUAAUAUUGAUUCUGGCCCUAGUCUUUCGUCAAGUUCAGGCUCAUAAAUAAAGACCGUCCCAAAGUAAUCGCGCAUGGCUUUCGCUUAGUCUUCCUCUAUCAUUUUAGACACUCAUAAUCAAAUUGGAGACCCAUGGCUGUACUCUUGUUGUGUAGUUGUUAUGUGCGGACAGUCCCUUUAACCGCUUAAUUAAAGCCUAGUAAUAUCAGGGUUUACUUUCUCACGACUCAAGGUUUAAGAAAACCUAAUGAUCUUUACAAUCAGCUAGAUUAAAUUGGAAAACGAUUGCGAAGUAUAUUUUAUCUGGAUUUUGGGAGAAUCACAUUGAGUGAAAAUUACCACAGCAACCUGGUUAGUAAUUAUACGGGAGUUUCCUACUAGAUGCUGAUUACAUUAUUUUCUGGUGACCUAUAGUCUAUUUCGGUUGUAAUAAUGAAGUUACAAAGAGCUAAACAUGAUAUAUAUUAACUUUGUUCUCAUGGAUAAGUUGAAUAUGGUUACAACUAAAUUUACUAGUUAGCUUUCUCCCAUAUUUCCCAAUGAAAGGAAUGUUGAAUGUUUUGUUGAUGAACUACGCCGAAGCCCUGGACUAUCCCCAAACUGAGAUGGUUUAAACUUGGUUAGUGUUUAAAAACUAGCCGUUCGUCCUGAAAUAUAGAAAAAUGGAUUUGUCGUCUUCACGUUCUUUUUUAAUCUUGACGAAAUCCGUAUAUAUAGUUAAAUCUUCCAUGGUAAAGCUUUCAUAAUUAUAGCCUAAGUUCGUCUUUGCUGUCUAUAAUUAACUAGAAAAUUUCGAGGAUCAAUUGUCUCACUUGCAUACGUACGAUUUUAAAGACUCACUUUUAGCGCUAAAAAGAAUGUAUGCUACGUUCGAUAGUCGGUUAGUGAGGUGGUUUGAAGGUCUGUAAAUGGAAAUCAAUGACUGGUACUUUGAUUCUAUAUGGUUCUUACGAUCCUUAAAACAACACUUUUCAAGGCGUUUUCGGUUUAAUAGUGUUCGUACAAGCGUUUUCUGGGAUUCUAAACUUCAUUUAUGAUCACAUGUAAAUCAUCACUGGUUUCAAGCUUGUUUCGUAACAGUGACUAAUGUACUGUAUUGUGCCAUGGCAUAUAUUUGAUUUAUAUAUAUCCUAGCCCACCUAGUAACGUGCAUCUGUUAAUAAAAUGUUUUCAGACUAAUUACAUGGUACCCGAGUUUAAACAACGUUCUUACUUCGAAAUUAAAGCUCAAUUGGAUGCUUAUCGUCUAGCAAAUCCAGUAACUCCAGAGUUAAAACCUCCAACCAUAAAUGUACUUCAAGAACCUGCCAACAGUUCUGUGAAAUUAGCUAGAAUUACUGCCAUUUGGAAUUUAUGGUAUGUACAAUUCAUUAUUACUCUGUUAUUAUGGUUAAUAGCCAUAAAAAUUGAAUUUGGUGCUGUAUUUUUUAUUAUCGGAGCGUUAUAUUGGAUUUGGGUAUGGGGAACAAUAAGAAAUCCAAAACCUCACAUUUCUAAUAAUCCUGAUGAACAAAUUGUAUCAGCUAGCUUCUUUUUCGAUAAUUCCCCUAUUCCGUCAAACAUGUCUUGAAAAUAUUUUUAAUAAUUAUAAGUAACAAGUCUUUCCGAAUUGUUUCAGAUUCUUUUCUUAUCUGUUGAAUAGUUUUAUGAUCCUUAUAUUUUGAUUUUAUUUAAAAUGAAAUUUCUCAAUAAACUGAAGUUACUAAUGUUUAUCUUUAAAUACGUUUAAUCCACUUUAGAGGGAAUAAAUCUAAGGUAUUUAAUAAUUAGUGUAAUUUUGGAAGCAUUUGAGUAGCUGGCUAACUAAAAAUUCGAUAUUGUCGCACGCCAAGCUACUCUUUGCAACUCCAACUUCAAUACCGUAAGCGAGACUACUUGUAUCCCCUUCUUCCUUAUCCCGCAAACUAGAGUAAGAGGUCUGGUAGUUGUAUAGAAGUUUCAUUGAUGAAAGUCAGCAGAAUAAUUUUUAUGUAAUAAAAUAGCAUGCUCAUAAACGGAAUGGAAACACAAUAAACAUAAUCAGGUGUCACAGGCUUGUUGAUGAUUGAUCGUUCAACUAACACUUGACUGUUAGGCCUAGUUUUUAAAAAUCUUA